UUCCGGGUUUGCGUGGUGGUCUAGUUGUCAAUGGCACUUGUUACUCCAAGUAAUUCCUAGAAAAUGUAUCUAAUCGGAAUUUUACACGGACUGCGGCGCCUUUCAAACAAUCAGCAACAUAUCAUUAGAAACAUCGGUAUUCGUUCGACGUCAAACAGCUGUGAACAUAUUUACAAAGCUUUCCACACUCAUGCUGCGCCUUUGAGGAGUCACGAUCAUUUGCUGCAUGAGAUCCGAAGGUCGUUUUUAAAAGUCCAUCUAAAAAAGGUUCAGCCAUGUGUAGCUGUUAGAUGCUAUGCGUCCUUACCAGUCCAGCCUGAAGAUGGGGAAUUGAUUUACACAGGCAACCUGGGCAAAGCUGUUCUUGGUGUGAAGUUUUUCUCCUAUUCCAGCAGUAUGUUUAGCCUCUGUGUGAUGCCGUACGUCCUCAUGAAAACAGGCAUUGGUGUGAACAGUUUUGCUCUGCAAGUGGCUUUUUGUGGCUUUAUAGGUUUCUUCACAUUUCUGACCCCUGUUCUCCUUCACGUGAUCACCAAAGGAUACGUGGUACGCCUAUACCACAACAAAGAGACGGACAUGUACACAGCCAUCACUUACAGUGCCCUUCUACUGGAGAAACGGACUGUGUUCCACCAGAGUGACGUCCUUAUUCCUAACGUGAGCCGGAUGUUCACUAGUUUUUAUGCCAAGAAACACUCCAUGCUGGUUAACCCAAUGCUUUUUGCCUUGCCCCAUGACUACAACCACCUUAUGGGUUACGAUCGGCCCUUCUCAUUUGACACAGACGAUUUAAACAAACCAGACAAAAGUUAGCUUCUGCUAAUCUAGAGAAUCUCAAAGCAUUUCAUCAUUUCAUUGGACUGUUGUAAUGUAUAGAAUAUUUGCAGGUGGGCUACUGUAUGUCAUCCUGUGUGCUUGCGAUGUUGAAACUUUACGAAUGUGUAAAUAAAUUGAAAGUUAUAUUUACCCUCUUCA